UAGUCUGCGACAGACCACAGUGGCGAAGCGGCGGAAAAAGGAGGAGAUGAAGAUAACUGUGACCGGCGCCUCCGGCUACUUAGGAGGAAGACUAUGCCACCAGCUACUGAGACAAGGCCACUCCGUCCGGGCCUUGGUCCGGCCCACCAGCGACCUCUCCGCCCUCCCUCCACCCUCCUCCCCUUCCUUUGAAUUCAUUUACGGCGACGUCACCGACUUCCACUCCCUUCUCUCCGCCUUCUCCGGCUGCGACGUCGUUUUCCACGCCGCCGCUUUAGUCGAGCCUUGGCUUCCUAACCCCUCCGACUUCCUCGCCGUUAACGUCAACGGAUUGAAGAACGUGCUUAGAGCGAUCAGGGAGACGGAGACGGUAAAGAAAGUCAUCUACACGUCGUCGUUUUUCGCUCUCGGACCUACCGACGGUGACGUCGCCGACGAGUCUCAGUUUCAUCCCGAGAAAUUCUUCUGCACGGAGUACGAGAAAUCCAAAGCGAUCGCCGAUAAAAUCGCAUUACAGGCUGCGCAGCAGGAGGGUUUGCCAAUGGUGGUGCUCUAUCCCGGAGUGAUCUACGGUCCCGGGAAACUCACCGCCGGCAAUGUGGUUGCUCUGUUGAUUAUUGAAAGGUUUAGUGGACGACUGCCAGGGUAUAUAGGCGCCGGAAAUGAUAGGUUUUCGUUUAGUCAUGUUGAUGAUGUGGUGGAUGGCCAUAUUGGAGCUAUGAAUAAAGGGGGAGCUGGGGAGAGGUAUCUGCUUACCGGCGAAAACGCGUCAUUUAAGAAUGUGUUUGAUGUAGCUGCUGUGCUGACUCAUACACAGAGGCCUAAGUUUAACAUCCCAUUGUGGCUGAUUGAGGUCUAUGGAUGGGGGUCGAUUCUCGUCUCUCAAGUUACAGGAAAGCUUCCGCUGAUCAGUCCACCGACUGUUUAUGCUCUAAGGCAUCAAUGGGCGUAUUCGUGUGAGAAGGCCAAGCAGGAGCUGGAUUAUAGUCCUAGAAGCUUGAAGGAAGGAUUGGAGGAGGUGUUGCCCUGGCUCAAGAAUUUGGGUUUGAUCAAAUACUAAUAACAACCACUUUGAUGAGAAAUGUUGUUGUUGUUGUUGGUGGUGGUGCGGCGCAGCUGCGCAUGUGUUAGUAAAAAUCAGUGUACUUGUAGAGUUGUAGUUGUGCAAUUUCCUUAAGUUCAUACACGAAUAAAACUGAUCAAUGCUAGCUACAAUCGUAGUUGCUUA